CGCACGGACACGCACACAGGGCGCGCGGGAUGCGUGCGAUCUGACGGACGACGGCUUGUUACAAUAGAGAAUCAGCAUCAUGACCAGGUCUGUAAGGGAGGAGCAGGUGUCAGCGGACUCGGAGGGGCAGCAGGAGCCUCACAGCCCCGCAGAAGACGACGCCGAGAUGGGAGGAGGAGGGGAGGAGGAGGACGAUCACCUCCACCGUCUGGAGGACGAGGAGGAGGAGGAUGAUGACGAGGAAGAGGAGGAGGAAGAGGACGGCGAGAACAAACCCAAGAGGCGAGGGCCUAAGAAGAAGAAGAUGACCAAGGCUCGUAUGCAGAGGUUUAAGGUUCGUCGAAUGAAAGCCAACGCCCGGGAGAGGAACCGCAUGCAUGGGCUGAAUGACGCUCUGGAGAGCCUCCGCAAAGUCGUCCCCUGUUACUCCAAAACCCAGAAACUGUCAAAGAUCGAGACGCUCCGCCUCGCAAAGAACUACAUCUGGGCCUUGAGUGAGAUCCUGCGCUCCGGCAAGGCACCCGACCUCAUGAGCUUUGUCCAGGCGCUCUGCAAAGGUCUGUCUCAGCCAACCACUAACCUGGUGGCGGGCUGCCUACAGCUGAAUCCUCGGACCUUCCUGCCGGAGCAGACUCCCGACCUGCCCACUCACCUUCCCCCCUCCGGCACCGUUACCUAUCCGGGACACUUCUCCUACCAGAGCCCUGGGCUGACGGCCGGCCUGCCUAGCCCGCCCUACGGCACCAUGGAGCCCUCCCACAUCUUCCACCAGGUCAAAGGUCAGCCCUACGGCCCGCUGGAGCCCUUCUUUGAUGGCGUCCUGGUGUCGGACGGCCCGGCGUUUGACCCGCCCCUCAGCCCUCCGCUCAGCAUCAACGGGAACUUCUCGUCCUUCAAGCACGAGGCCGUCGCGGCUGCUGACUACGACAAGAGUUUCUCCUUCAGUGUGCACUACGGGGGAGGAGGGCCCGGGGGACAUGCUGCCAUCUACGGCGGCGGGGGGUCCAACCCACGGUGCGGUGAGCUGCAGGUGGACGGGCUGAUGGGCUUUGAUGGACAAUCGCACCACGAGCGGCUGAUGAAUGCCCAGCUGAACGCCAUCUUCCACGACUCCUGAGGAAGUGGGGGAUGAAGGACUGAGAGGCCGCUGAAGACGGAGAGACGAACAGAGAGAUCGCUCAACGGAGAAAGAGACAGUUCUGUGUAUUUCUGUCAUUUCAUAGCUGUCUUUCUUUCUGCCUUUCCUUCUUUCUUUUCUUCAUUCUGUCUGCAUCGGGCUCUACGACUCCUCUUCAGUGUGGUCAUGGAGACGAUGCCGACCACGGUGACUUCACGCUGAUGAUGUAACCUUCUUUGUAGCGCUUCGUCCUGCAGGAGACGCUCUCUGAAUGUCUCGCUAUUAUCCAUACUAUCACUUAAAAAUAAUCAAUAAGCAAUAAUCUGGAGGAAACUAUGCAAUUUUGUUAAAACCUGAGCCAAGCUCAGCUGAUGAUUCCAAAUGUUGAAAGAAUAAAGAUUUCUCUAUUUUUGGGUCAGUGUGUAAGGCGUUGUUGAGCAGUUGAGAAGUGUUCAUGUUGUUCAUGUGGUUUUUAUUUUUUGCUUUUUAUAACGUUCCUGUAGCGUUCUGUUAACAUUUCAUGUGACUCUUGUUCAUAUUUUAUAAGAUAGAUGUUUAUAAAGGCCUUUCAUUAAAAGGAAUUCAACGUGA